AUGGGUCGUGUUAUUCGAGCCCAAAGGAAGGGUAAAGGUGGUAUUUUCGUAUCUCACGUCAAGAGAAGGGUUGGAGCUGCUAAGCUCCGUCCAUUGGAUUACGCUGAACGACACGGAUACAUUCGAGGUCUAGUCAAGGAAAUCAUCCAUGAUCCAGGUCGUGGGGCUCCAUUGGCCCGUGUGGUUUUCCGUGAUCCAUACCGAUACAAACUGAGGGAAGAAAUGUUUGUUGCUACUGAAGGAAUGUUUACUGGCCAAUUCGUAUACUGUGGCAAAAAGGCAACUCUCAACGUCGGUAACGUGUUACCACUUGAAUGUAUGCCCGAAGGAACAAUCAUUUGCAACGUUGAAGAAAAGACUGGAGAUCGAGGCGCAUUAGCCCGUACAUCCGGAAACUAUGCCACCAUCAUUGGUCACAACCCAGACCAAGGAAUCACUCGUAUCAAACUGCCAUCAGGUGCUAAAAAAGUAGUCAUGGGUAACUGUCGUGCUACAGUCGGUAUUGUUGCUGGUGGUGGAAGAAUUGAUAAACCAAUGUUGAAGGCUGGUCGUGCUCAUCACAAGUUCCGUGUCAAGAGAAACUCUUGGCCAAAGACUCGUGGUGUUGCUAUGAAUCCUGUUGAUCACCCUCACGGAGGUGGUAACCAUCAACAUAUUGGUCACGCUUCUACUGUUGCUCGAUCUGCUCCUCCAGGUCAAAAAGUUGGUCUCAUUGCUGCCAGGAGAACCGGUCUGCUCCGUGGUACUAAGAAGAGACGCCAACGCAUCAUGAGGAUACAGCUACUGUUAAUUCUUAUUGCCGUAACAGAUGCAGUUGUCGUACCGCAGCUCACUGUCCUUCCUGUUUACGGGAGUUCAGAAUGUGGAUUCUAUGCCAAUAUCAAUAUGACAAGAGAAGGACUAACCCUUCCCAUCCUAAUCGACACAUCAUCCUCGGACUUGGCAAUACUUACAAGAGCUUCGUGUUCAUCAUGUAAUACCACGUAUCAGCCGACAAUACCGACACCAUCAAUCACUGCUGUGAAUAAUUACACGACUGGAAGUCUUUCUGGACGUGUUGUACACGAGGAUGUGGCUGUUGGUGAUAUUUUGAUGCCAAACUUGCCAAUGAUGGCUAUUGAUGCUAUUACAGGGAGUGCAUUGAAGACAUGUACGAGUGCCUCCGUGCCUGCGUCAAGAGGAAUCAUGGGACUUGGAGCAUCACGACUUGCCAAUUCGUUUAUAUCGUCGACGGGAUUCAUACAUGGAAUCAGCAAUUUGGCUGUGGAUGCAUUCGCGCUUCAGAUAUGCAAGAAUGAUGCUGUAACGAGGCUGAAUGUUACGUCGUCGGGACAUUUAUGGAUUGGUGGAUGGGAUUCAUCCUUUUUUGCGCCGUCAACGGAUUUGAUGACUUUGGAUCUUGUUACUGCACGAGGCUAUUACGGAUUGAAUGUGACGAACUUUAGUCUUUCGUCUGGGUCGAAUUACAUAAGCAGUGUUUCGCUAAUGAGUGUUGCAGAAACUUCGUGUAGUCAAGGGACGUGUAUAUUGGAUUCAACAAGCAGUGAACUUGGUCUGCCACCUACAACCUAUUCGACACUCGUCAGCAAACUACAAUCAUCUUCAGCCAUAAUAUUUCCAUCUAAUACUUCAGCAUCGACUCUCUUUUGGAGUGCAGGCUACAUCAUUGUGUCAAGUACUGCGAUGACUUCCGACAACAUCACUCUGUCUCUCACCAUAUCUGGAACCAACAAUGUGACUAUAAAUUCAUCAUCCUUUAUAUCGUCAGUAGCAUGUGGAUCGUCCUGUCUCACAACUAGGGACACUUCAAUACUCCCUUAUUCUCGACAAUCUCUACCAUGGAUAACCACCGACUCAAACUGUGAUCCAACAUCCGGAACACCACUGUCAGCCAACUGCAGACUCUAUUUCCGCUCAGGCCUCUCAUCUCAAUUAUCCGGUAUAACACUUGGCCUCCCACUAUUCUACAACCGAGUGCUUGUGUUUGAUCUAGCCAACUCGGCACUUAAACUGGCAUCUGGAAUCAAUUGCAGUGCCAGUGGUACGCUAUCUGGGAUGAUUGAUACUGCUAAUGCGUCGAGUGUGGGAUAUGUGGUUGUGAUUUCUGCUCUUGGAGGUAGUUGUGGUGCAAUAGUUUUGGGAAUAGCAGGGUUUUCAUUAAUGAGGCGCCGUGAAACUAUUCAUAAACCAACUCCCAUACUACCAGUUACUACCAGUUUUAUGUCAGUAGACCCAAACCAACAUCAACUCAACAUCAGCCAAAAUGGAAAGAACCUUGUAGAGGAUACCAAUCUAUUCGAAACAGCUUCCACUCUGGUCUUUGGUCAUUCUAACGCUACUACUGCUACUCAAUUGCCUUACCCAACUCCAUACGAGCAAAGUUUACACGACUUCUCGUUGCCCUCCAACUCCAAUCCACUUGCUACGCCCGAAUACACUCCUUUAUUCGAUACUUUUGAUACUCCCGUUGCCGGUGACGACUGUCUCUUCCCCGAGUUUGGAGAAAGCUAUCCCAACUUGACAGAACUCGCCAACGCUGCAUUCGAACCCAACUUGGUCGAUCUCUUUUUGCCGCUCAACGAACUCGCCGCCGCUCAAUCGUACUUCCCAGACGUAAACCCAAUUAUAAAUAGCAACGACAUCAAUACUUUCCUCGCUGCCUUCCACCAGGGCAAUGUCGAUCCAUUCACUGUCGCCCAGGCUUUUGCUACCACUUUGCCGACUAAGCACGAUAACGAGAACGAGUCUCGAAACGACUCGCCCACUCCAUCUACUUCCACUGGUCGAAGACGAGCUUCUCAAGGUGUUAUCAAAAAGAAGAGAACUCCUUCAACUUGGUACACUUGUGACUUCCCUGACUGUCAAUAUGGUACUUCUCGGGCUUCCAAUUUGCGAGACCACGUUGGAAUCCAUGAUCCAAAUCGAGAAAAGCCAUUCAAGUGCCCAUGUGGGAAGUCUUUUCCUCGAAACUCAGACCUGGUUCGACACAACAAGAGCCAUGUCAAGCAAAAGAGUUUCAAGUGCGGCCAAUGCCCCUCGUCGUUCUCUCGACUGGACUCUCUUGCCAGGCACGAACGAGACCGCCACGGCUCCUUAGAUGGUUAA